CAGAGGGCCAAGCCAAAGAAUGGCGUUUCGCAUGGUAGGAAGAGGUCUGAGGUAUUUAAAGUCGCCUCCUUUGUUUCAGGGGAAAUCGUUGGCUGAAAAAUUUGUCGCUGCAGUGGGGAAUAGGAACAUGAGCCAAGAGAAGCCGAUCAGCCGCUUCCCUGUUCCGAAUAUGGAUACAUUGCCUGAAGACAUGCAGGAGAGAAUGAAAGAGGUAGAGGAGAAGGUAGGUAAAUAACCAUGGUCACUAGAUCGUGUAGAGGUGAAAUUGCUAUUACAAAAAAUUUAAGCCUUACCCGGCGGAAGAACACGGGGCGUUCCUUGAUAAAAGAAAACGAUACCAAAACAAUAGAUUACCUUUGGGUCAUAGGUAUUUUUCUUGAAGAAUACACAGUAAAUUGUGGUGGAUGGUGUCUGAUCCAGCUCCAAAAAUUGUCCACCUUCACGGCCACAAGGCCAGAAGAGCAGAUGUAAGUUUAUAUUAUUGAGUUUUUUGAAGAUAGAUGUGAGUGCAGGUUUGGAAAGUCAUAGAAGGGUUAUGGUUUAGGUCACAGUUUUUAGCCUCCAUACACCUGCUCCAUUUUGCAUAAGACUUUGUGUGGCUACCUUGACAAAACUUAAGUACAGGGGAGGCCAAGUAAACGACCUAUGAGGGCCAAGGAAAUGUAUUCUUAAUACAUGGAGUAAUCGGAUUAACUCAUUCACUCUCAGAGGUGACCUGGAACUACUUUCUCCUUACUAUAACAAUACACCAUCAAGCAGGUAGGUGAUAAGAGUGGAGAAAAACAUCAACAAGGGGAUUAUUUUUUACCUAACAAUAAUUUCUCAGAAGCCAUGUUGUGGGAAAUGUAGGGCAGACAGUAAGGAGAAUUACUAUUCUUGGGGGUAAAGGGUUAAAGCAAAUAUGAUAAUGUGAAAAAACAGGACAAAGCUAAUUGUGUUUAUGGCAAUUUCUAGCAGCCUGAGAAGCAGUUCUAGUCGCAAGGUAAUCAUAAGGGGCAGAUCCAAGAAUUUUUAUUGGAUUCCAAAAUCACUUCUCCAGUAACCUACGCCCUAAUGAUUGGACACUGUCAAUAAACAAGGUUAGCACUAUAGAGUGUAUUAACCUUAAACUUAAAACCUGUUUGAGAAAUAGAGAAGAAAAAAAGCUGCUAUUUAUCUUAUUCCUUUAGGCAUGUCUGUUACCAGAAAUGAAACUGUACAUUUUGCAUUUCUUUACUUUCUAGGGUGGUUUUUUACCAAAUGUUUUCAAAGUUCUUGCUCAUCGACCAGAUGAAUUCCGAGCUUUUUUUAUGUAUUAUGAUGCUCUGAUGCUAAAAGAAGGAAACCUUACCAAAGCAGAAAAAGAAAUGAUUGUAGUUGCAACAAGUUCAGCAAACAGCUGUAUGUAUUGUAUUGUGGCUCAUGGUGCCCUGUUGAGAAUCUACUCAAAAAAUCCUCUGCUAGGAGAUCAGGUAAAAUCACUUAAUACCUAAAGGGCUUUCUUAAGAAUUCCAUAGCUUAUCUUAUUUCAAAUUAUUUAGUACAUGUACAUAUGUACUUAACAAUUAUUCCACGAGUGGGUAAUGGAUAUGAGGUGGUAAAUAGCAUGCAGUGCUGAGUUGGCAUGCAGCACUGCUUUAUCAAAAUUUAUUGAAAAUUGGAGUAUUUGGAGCCUUUUUUCAGCUCUGCAACAGUUGGGGCAAAGCAUUUCCACAUGAGGUGACUCCAAAUUUUUGCUGAUAGGCUGGUUGAGUGAAUUAAUUAGAGCACUAGAAUUGUAAUAUCUGGAGUUAAAAAUUUGACAAAUUUGAUAAAUUUUGAUAAAUUAUUAUAACAAAUGUUUUCAUUUAGACUGCUAUUGAGUCCACUACUAUUUUGGGAGUGUCAAUAAUAGUUGUUUUUAUUUUGAUUAAUUUUUUUUAUUUGUGGUUUCUAUAGAUAACAGCCAACUGGCACAGUGCUGACCUCACAGAAAGAGAAAAGGCUAUAAUUCAGUUUGCAAUGCGUGUUUGUAGAUCAGAAACAAUAGAAGAUGAACAUAUAGCAGCUCUUGAAAAGCAUGGCUUGAACACUGAAGAUGCUUGGGAUGUUGGUACUAUUGCUGGACUGUUUGCAUUGUCAAAUAGAAUGGCUCAUUUAACCAACAUGCGACCAAAUGAGGAGUUUUAUUCAAUGGGUAGGGUAAAGAAAGAAAAAUAG